ACAUGGCGGCGCCCGGCGAGCGGGGCCGCUUCAGCGGCGGGAGCCUCUUCUCCUUCCUGCCCGGCGGCGCGCGCUCGGAGGUGAUGGACGACCUGGUGACGGACGCGCGCGGCCGGGGCGCGGGGCGGAGAGAUGCUGUCGCCUCGGCCCCGACCCCAGCCCCGGCGCCGGCCUCCGAUCCUCAGGUCGCCGAGGACACCUCCCGGAGGCGGCCCUGCCGGGCCUGCGUGGACUUCAAGACAUGGAUGCGGACGCAGCAGAAGCGGGACAGCAAAUUUAGGGAAGACUGUCCUCAGGAUCGCGAGGAACUGGGCCGGCACAGCUGGGCUGUCCUCCACACCCUGGCUGCCUACUACCCUGAUCUGCCCACCCCAGAACAGCAGCAAGACAUGGCCCAGUUCAUACAUUUAUUUUCCAAGUUUUAUCCGUGUGAGGAGUGUGCUGAAGAUAUAAGGAAGAGGAUAUGCAGGAACCAGCCAGACACACGCACUCGGGCCCGCUUCAGCCAGUGGCUGUGCCGCCUGCACAACGAGGUGAACCGCAAGCUGGGCAAGCCCGACUUCGACUGCUCACAGGUGGACGAGCGCUGGCGUGAUGGCUGGAAGGACGGCUCCUGCGACUAGGCAGUGGCCGGCAGAGCUGUGGGACAGCAGCCCAGGCCUCCACGCAGCCUGGCCAGAGGGGGACAGGGCACUCAUUAAAGUGCGUCAGAGUCAGAGCCUGUCGUGUGUCAGUUGGAUGGUCCCCAGACACUGCUCAGGGGGCCCUUCCCUCUUAGGCUUGGAGGAAAAGCAGGGGUGCCUGCUGCAGACACCCCAAGGGCUGCUCCUCAGCCAAGGCCCGUGGGACUGCAGAUGAAGGAGGCAGGAACAGCCGGGGCUGCGCCUUCCAUUUGGGAUGUGGCCUCCUGCUCACCCCACAUCCUGGUGCCCACUUCCCUGCACAGGAAGGUGACGGGCCUGCCCAGGCUCCCUGUCCUGCUCCUUGAGGGCUAGGCCGUUGUCUCCUUACCCUGUAGCAAGGGACGGCAGCGGUGCCCACAGCUCCGUGGGCUCUGUGCUUUCUGCGACUCAGAAGGGAGGCCUGGGGGCUGAGCUCUCCUCCCGGGUCAGUUCCUACAGAGCAAGCACAGGCAGGGUGGCUUCCCCGGCGGUCCCACCCGCACUGCUGCCUGCUUCCUGUCCAGCACGUACACCUGUACCAGGCCUGUCAAGAGGCUUCGCGGGGCCACCGUUCUCAGAGCUCGAGACCAAAAUAAAAUGGUAGAGAAGUGA